CGCAAACUGUGAUUACAGUAACGACCAGAGAUGCGCGCUGCGCUCAGGCGGUACCCAGAACUCCGCGCUGACAUUUUCAAAGAUUCAUCUCGCUAAAUAUGACAUCCAAAAGGCAGCUGUAGGUGCUUUAAGAUGGAGUUGAUGGACGAGCUUUCCGACAGUGAUUCUCAUCUGGUCCAGCAGAUGUACAACGACACGCUCCUCCAGCGGAAUUUAAGCGCUUUAGAUGAUGCAGAUGGACCUUUACCAACUAGCAUAAAGAUCACGGUCGUCGUGGUUUACCUAAUAGUGUGCGUUGUGGGACUCGUGGGAAACUGCUUGGUCAUGUAUGUAAUUAUCAGGUACACAAAGAUGAAAACAGCCACCAACAUUUACAUCUUUAACCUGGCCCUGGCUGAUGCACUAGUCCUGGCCACGCUUCCUUUCCAAGGCACAGAUGUCCUUCUCGGUUUCUGGCCGUUUGGUCUGGCUCUGUGCAAGACUGUGGUUGCCAUUGACUACUACAAUAUGUUUACAAGUGUCUUCACUCUGACCUCAAUGAGUGUGGAUCGAUACAUAGCGGUCUGCCACCCUGUGCGCUCCCUGACUGUUCGUACGCCUUUCCGGGCUAAACUGAUCAACGUGGCUGUGUGGGUGUUGGCAUCUGCUGUAGGAGUUCCAGUCAUGAUCAUGGGCCAGGUGGAGGAGGUCUUUAAUGGUUUUGAGUGCGUAGUUGCCCUGCCCAACCCAAGAGGACACUGGGAACCUGUGUUUGCGACUUGUGUCUUCCUCUUCUCUUUCUUGAUUCCUGUGGCAAUCAUAAGUUGCUGCUAUGGCUUGAUGGUACGACGCCUACACAGCGUACGUCUCCUUUCAGGCUCAAAGGAGAAAGACCGUAAUCUUAGGAGAAUCACCUACAUGGUACUGUCUGUGGUCGCUGCCUUUGUGCUCUGUUGGAUGCCAGUUCAGGUCUUAGCUUUGAUCCAGGCCCUGGGGAAGGUGGAUCUCGGCGGCAGCCGGUCUGCAAUGGUAGCCAUGCACUUCUGUAUUGCCCUGGGAUACGCUAACAGUAGUUUAAACCCUGUCCUCUAUGCCUUCCUGGAUGAAAACUUCAAACGAUGUUUCCGUGAAUUCUGUGUGCCUGCGAAUUCUGGUUUGUACCUCGAAGAAAUGCGCAAAAAGUCACUGAGGCGAGAAGUGAGAGAAUGUGGUGAGGUAAAAGAGGCAACGGCUUUAAAGGAUAAAAGGGAGGUUAUUGAUGUGUGUGCCAUUCCAGCGUGUGUAAAUUAAAAUUGGCCUUUGUAUGGUUACCUCUUGAAUUCGAAGAAAAUUGCAAUUGGCUGGUGUGAAAACAGAGGCUUUUGUCUGGUUAUAAUUCAAUUUUAACAAUGUACAAUUCUUUAAAUGGGAUAAAAGGGCUUUUUAUUUUAAAAAUUGCACUUUCUUUUUUUGACCUCUGUGUACUCUUUGCAUUGUUUAAUGUAGCCCUCAGAUCUUUAGAUUAAUAUUAUAAGUUGUGCUGGACAAAGAUUAAUCGCACACAGUGAUUUUUGGCAUAAUAUAUGAGUGUGUGUUGUGUAAUUAGUAUGUUUAUAUAAAUACACACACAUUCACGUAUGUAUAUAAGAAACAUUUACGUGUGUGUAUAUAUAUUUAUUUAUAUUUUUAUAUAUUCUAUAUUGUAUAUAAAUAAAUGAUGAAUAAAAAAUGAUAUAUGAAUAAAAAAACAUCUAAAAUGAAUAUAUGUGUGUGUGUGUAGUUAAAUAUACAUAAUAAUUACACAAAAUACACACACAUAUAUUAUGCAAAAAUUGCCCAGCACAAAUUAUAUGUAGAUAAUAUUAUGAUUGCUUUUAGCCUUAAUGAUUAAAAUGGUGUGUUGGAAUUGGAUAUGCUACUUAUGUGAUUUUUUUAAACAAAUCUGUAAACACCUAUAAUCUUUAACACAAAUGUAUGAGUUAUGUACAUAAAUACAUAUUGCAAAGAAAUUAUUGUAUUAAACAUACCUAAACAUAUAUGUAACACUGUCUGUGAAAUCCAUGCUAAAGUCUACAUUGAAUUAUGAGAUUAGAACCGGGGGACGCAUCAUGAAAAUCUGACUUUUAUCAUGUUUAAGUGCUAUCAUUGGGUUCCCAGUGCUUCUAUCAACCUAGAAAUGUGAAAAAGAUCAAUCCAGUAACUUAGUUUUGGUAAACUAUUCUCUGUAAGCAUUUGAAAAAAUUGGAAUUUGGCUCCCCUUGUGAUGUCAGAAGGGGAUAAAUCCGCCUCUUAAUCUGCACUAUCCAACCACGGCACUGCCAUUUAGUGCAGAUAUCAGCUCAUUUGCAUUUUAAAGGACACACCCAAAAAAUUCACAUUUUUGCACAUACCUACAAAGUGGCAAUUUUAACAUGCUAUAAUAAAUUAUCUGUAUGGUAUUUUGAGCUAGACCUUACCAAUACGUACUCUGGGGACACCAAAGAUUUAUUUUACAUAAUUUCUUGUGAAAUGUUUGAUUUUACUCAUUGAUUUUAAAAUGAUUUCAAUCUUUGACUUGGCCUUAUUUAGUCAAUAUUAAAUACAUCAAGAUUAUAUUUUCACAGAAUGUACUUUUUGUUGUGUACAAAACAGUAAAUCCCACAAAAAAUGACUUUAGCUGGGUUUUCACAGACUGGGUCAGAUAUUAACUACAAAUAUUUCUCAGUAUUUAAACAUAAUGUCCCUUUAAAAUCUUUUAAAAUAUGUAUAUCAGAACAGAAUGUUAUUAAAAUUAUUUAAUGUUAUGUGUUUAUGUCUCUGUCUA